AGGAGCGCAGCUCGGCCAUGUCGCAGAAGAUCUCCCUGUCUCGCAGCAACAGCAGCUCCUCAUCGAAGCUCGAAAGCAGACAGGACAGCUGGGAAAUAGUGGACAGUCUGCGUGGGGGCCCCAGCAACGUCCUGGAGCCCCAGAAACAGGAAGGCUUCAUGCUGAAGAGGAGGAAGUGGCCCAUGAAGGGUUGGCACAAGAGAUACUUUGUCCUCGAUAAGGGCGUCCUCAAAUAUGGCAAGUGCAGCGCUGAUAUUGAGAAAGGGAAGCUGCACGGCUGCAUCGACGUGGGUCUCUCAGUCAUGGCCAUCAAGAAGAAAGCCAAGUGUAUUGAUCUUGACGCCGAGGAAAACAUUUAUCACCUGAAGAUAAAGUCACCGGAGCUGUUUGAGGAGUGGGUGUCAAAGCUGCGCCACCAUCGGGUCUAUCGGCAAAACGAGAUCAUCACUUGUCCCAAUGAGAAGUCCUUCUUUCACCCCCUCUAUCCCUCCCCCAUCUCCCCCAGCAUAGCUGAGGGUGCACCUAUCAGAAGGUGCGUGUCCGUUCGAAGGCAGUCCUCGGUGCAUCCUGCAGGAGCGUUCCCAGUGAGCUCCACCAGCCAGGCCAAGGUGGCUGCCUGGCUCCAGUCUUCUGACGACAUGGACAAAUGCUCCAAAGAGCUGUCUGUUUGUGAGGCCUACCUGCUGGAGCUCAGCCACCUGCUGCAGAACAUGGAAGUUCUUCACCGCACCUACUCUGCUCCAUCAAUCCAAGCCCUCCAGGCAUCUACAUUUGACAGCCCCAAAAAGGAAAAACGACUUCAGAGGAAGUGGCGCCAUAAGAACUACAAUAAAGAUGUCAAAACAACUCUGCAGGUCCCCAGCUGUAUCUCCUCUGGCCCUGUCCGCCUGCAUGCCUCCAACCCCAAUCUGUCCACCGCAGCUCUUGGCAACAGAAAAACUGACCCAGAAUCCCUGGAUUCACAGUCUGACGUGACGAAGCUGCAGGAGCACUUCUGUCAAGUCGCCACCAGCUUGCACGCAAGCAUGAAGUCAGUCGUGAGCUCACUCACAUCCGAGAGAGAACGGUUAAAACAGUGCGUGGAUCACGACUCGUAUCCCCCGACCUCUCCACAAGUUGUCAAUUUGAAGAAUACACUGACAGCAGCUUUAGCCCAGAACUCUGAGCUGAGAGAGCGCCUGAGCAAGAUUCAUGUCGAGUCCUACAUUGUAGAGCCCACACUGAUAAACCUCACUGCCCCUGUGCAGAAACAGGACUCUGCAGACGACUUCCACCCCCUCGUGCAUCAAGUGUCCAACGAGAGCAGAGCUUCAGUUGCCGAGUCUUUGUCUGAGUUCUUUGAUGCCCAGGAGGUUCUGUUGUCUGCAAGUUCUUCUGAAAAUGAGGUAUCGGAAGAUGACUCAUACAUCAGUGACAUUAGUGACAAUAUUUCCAUAGACAAUUUUAGCAACGAGACAGAAGGUUCUGUAGAAAAUGGCACCGUCCUGCAUCGACGUAGAUCCUGUCUGCCUUCUCCCAGUCCAAACAACAACACCAUCAGUCUGUGGAACAUCCUCAGAAACAACAUCGGCAAAGACCUGUCCAAGGUGGCGAUGCCCGUGCAUCUUAAUGAGCCCCUCAACGCCCUGCAGAGACUCUGUGAGGAGCUGGAAUACAGCGAGCUGCUGGACAGGGCUGCCGACACCCACGACCCGUUUGAACGCAUGAUGUACAUUGCCACGUUUGUUGUUUCUGGUUAUGCGUCCAGCUACUACAGAACGGGAGGGAAGCCUUUCAAUCCUGUUUUAGGAGAGACAUAUGAAUGUGAUCGGCCAGACAAAGGCUUUCACUUUGUUGCCGAGCAGGUCAGCCAUCACCCACCUAUUUCAGCUUGCCAUGCAGAGUCUAAAAACUUUGUCUUCUGGCAAGAUGUGAGGUGUAAGAACAAAUUCUGGGGGAAGUCAAUGGAGAUUGUACCUAUAGGCAGCACUCAUGUAACUCUGCCAAGAUUUGGAGACCACUAUGAAUGGAACAAAGUGACGUCCAGCAUCCACAACAUUCUCAGCGGACAGCGCUGGAUCGAGCACUACGGGGAGAUCUCUAUCAAAAACUCCAACAGUGAUACGUGUCAGUGCAGGAUCACUUUCGUCAAGGCCAAAUACUGGAACUCGAGUGUGAAUGAGGUGGAGGGAACGAUUACAGAUAAUAAAGGAAAGGUCAUCCACAGGCUGUUUGGGAAGUGGCAUGAAGCAGUUUUCUGUGGAGACCCCCCAUCAGCUACAUGCAUAUGGAGAGCAAAUGCAAUGCCGGUGAACUACGAGCAGUACUACGGUUUUACAAAGUUUGCAAUUGAGCUUAACGAGUUGGAGCCCUCCCUGAAACUGCUGCUGCCGCCAACAGACACUCGAUUACGAGUCGACCAAAGGCUGCUGGAGGAGGGUAACCCGGAGGCUGCAGAGGAACAGAAGCAGAGGAUUGAACAGCUGCAGAGAAACAGACGGAGAGUCCUGGAGGAGAACAAUGAGCCACAUCAGCCCAAAUUCUUCAGGAAGUCAAAGGAGGAGGCCUGGGUGAGCAACGACACUUACUGGGAGCUGAGGAAGGAACCCGGCUUCGCUCACAUCGAUUUUCCUGCUCUGUGGUGACUGCAGAUCAGCAGAUCGCACCCAUCUCAACCUGCACAGCCUCUACUGUGAUCCAGGCUGGUUCUGGUGACGUCUGUAGCCCCCGCCUGCCAUCUGCAUUCAGAUCUAGUCUUCAUCAGAGUUCUUGCCUUAAUAACAAGUGCUUCUCUACGCUGUGGAAACUUUUGUGGAAACAUGUAAGAAUGUUUGGUGUUUAAUCAGUUUUGGGGACUUUUACACACAUUUUGGCUCCUUGUAAAUUAAGUCGCUCAGAAAAGAACAAGUUUGGAUGAAAAAAAAAUAUUAAUCAUUUUUAGAGUUAAUCUAUGUUUGCUUAAAAUAUUCUGAACAACAUAAGUUUUUGUUUUAACAUUGACAUUUUCUACCUCGGAUAUAAACUAGCCUUGAAAUGUCAGUG